UUAUCCACCACCCAGGUUUUUUGUCAGCCUGGGUGUGCCUACUCUCUGUAACAUGAGAGCCACAUGACCAAUAGGAAGACAAACAGUCGUGAAGUUUGUGUAUUUCUUCCGUAAACUUUGUAAGUUUCUGCUGUGUUGUAAGAGAAGCAAAGGAGAAGGCCAGAGUCCAACAACACUGAAACAGAACUGAACAGUCUGAGACACAUCAGCAGCAAAGAUGGCACAACUGCAGCGGCUCGUAUCAGAGAAGAAGGAUAUGGUGGAAAAUGUGAUGGAAGUGUUCGAGCAGGGAGCUGAAGUGGUGGCCAGUAUCGCAGGCGACCUUUUCCCAGUUUUUUCCAUCGCUGCUCCGAUUGUUAAACUGGCUCUGGACAACGUAGAAAGCAAAGAGGCUGUGUACAUGAAGGAGCAGUUUCAGAGGGUGCGAGACCGCCUGGAGGUGGUCUCUGAGGAGCUUCAGCGGAUCAACGAGGAGAUCAAGAAGAGCGGACUGGAUGCUGUGUAUUUCCCAGUGGAGGAGAACAUCACCAACCAGUUCAGGAAGUACAUGGACAUCCUCAAUGCCAAGCCAAAGUUCAGGGAGGUCAAGAAGAAGACGUUCCUGGACCACUUUGGCAGAACCGGCGGUGACAAAAACCUCCACACACUCUACAAUUCUGUGACAGGGGAAACCUUCUCUGGGGAGUCGGUGCUUGAGAUCACUCUGAACUACGAGGAGAAAAGCCGCCGGCCUGUGGAGGACUUCUGCGCCCGUCUGAAGAACCUCUUCUGCAUCGGGCUCAUCGCCCUGCUCGGCCACGCUGCCCUGAAAGGAUACGACGAGGAGGAUGCACUUCUGAAAGAAUGGGGCGAGAAAAUGAAGGUGGUGCAGGAGAAAAUGAAUGCAGUCAUUUUAGACUGCAUCGAAAGCUUCCCCAAACAGGCGGAGCUGGAUUCCCGUCGGCUGGUGAGAGAUCAUCCUGAGCUGACCAACCAGCAGCUAGCUGAUGUCAUCAUAGAGAAGCUGAAGAAGAAGUACGACUGGGUGAGAUGGUCCGUGCGUGUAUUCAGGCCCCCUUCAGGCAUUUUAAACAAAAAGAAGAAUUUCCACUGCCCAGCGGGGAAGAACCGCUUUCAGGUCCCUUCAUCAGAUGAGAAAUUGAACAUCUGGGUGUCCUAUAGCUCCUCGCCAGAGCCCGUGGAUAAGAACCAAAUCCAGCAGCUGAUCCAGAGCCAGAAGAAACUCUCAGUGGUGAGUCUGGCUGAGUUCCUGUUUGAGAAUUUGCCAGGCGACUGCGUGGUCCACACGAUCAAAUUCACCAAAGAUCUAGGCUGCUCCUGGAGCUUCAUUGACGAGCUCCACUACUGGGAGGAGCACAAGCCUCUCUAUGUCUGCGUUCACACGGCUUGAAGUCUGAGACACUGAAAAACUCUGAAAUCUCUGUUAUCAACAUCAUGUACUCACAAGUAAUCACAGAGUCAAUCACUGCCUCUCUGGUCAGCCUUAGGAACCAAAUACUUCACAGUGUGUGCCUUAAUUUCACCUCUUUUACUUGUUUUUGUCCAAAAUGUUCUCACUAUUUCUGUUGGUCUCUUGCAGCAGUGAGGAUGCAUGCAGCAAUCAAGCUAAGGCAGACGUAUUUAAGAGCAUUUUUUUAACAUAUAUUUUUUAGGGCUUUCUUUGCCUUUUUUUUUAAUAGAGGAGGAUGGUGAUAGAGUUGGAAACAGGGAUGAGAGAGUAGGGGAGAACCACGCAGGAAAGCAGCCAUGGGCCUCCCUCGUACAUGGGAUGCCAUCUGCAACAAAAGUUAACGCAGAUGUAUCAAUUCUUUUGUGUAAUUUGUGUUAAAAAUAUCCUUUUAAACUUAUUUUAAGCCUCGUUCAACUGAAAAGUCCAAAUAAAUAUCUUAAUUUAAGGUGUAACACACAAAAAAGGUCUAAGUUGAUUUCAGCGUAAUCUGCAGUUAAAGAUUUUACAUUAGGAUGCAGAAUACGUUCAGAAUAUGUGGUUCCUCUGUUUUAAAUUAGUAGUCCAAGCUGUAUUGACCAAUCACGUAUCAUCAGGAUUUGGUACAAUGACGAACAGGCAGGACUUUUGCCACGCUGAUGACAGACCAGAUCCCAUUAAUGGCAUUCUAAUAAUGAUUUAACUCCAUUCAUUCCUUUAUAAAACAAACAUUCAAACUCAAUCUACAAAUAAAAAAGUGUAACUUGUAAAGUUGAAAUGAGAUGUGCUUACUAAAUUAGUGUGAAUAUCUUACUUCUAUACAGUCAACAAAUAUUUACCUAAACAGGUAGGUUUGGUUAUAAAUUAGGCAAAUACACAUGCUUUUGAGUUUUGCAGUGUGUAAAGCCAAGAUUAUGGUGGAUCAUCUUAUGGAUUCACACUCUGGAUUUUAAGACCCUUGGUUAGGAUUGAAGAAAUUUCCCCCCUGAGAAAAAAACAACAUUUCAGGAGAAGUAACAUAGGAAAGAUUCCUCUCCAAAGACAAGGAGCUGUUGUAGAUUCUGUGCAUAGACACAAGAAAGCUCCACUUACUCAAUUCUUAAACUGCCAGUAAUGGCCUCUCUGAUCUCUUGCAGCUGUGCUUUUGGCUCAUAACAAAGAGCUCACCCCUUUGUUUAGGCCGUAUUCCAUACAAGUGUCUCAUUUUAUUCUAAAACAGCAUAAAAUGUGCAAGAUGAAACUGUUGAGAAAGUCUUAAACUUGUAUCUUAUGGUUGUGUUUGUUUUGGUAGAGUGGGGCAUGCUGGGAGAGUUGCAAAAGUAGAAUCCAGCUGUCAGACAGAGAUAAUAUUCUGCUGGUGGAGAUAAGCGGUGACCUCGACAUGCUGAGGAGUUAAAGCCAUGAGAAAAAAACACUCCAGACAUUAGCAGAGACUGUAAAAGAAUUAGAUUCACUCCAACAUUCUUGAACAAUCUGCAACUACAGUUAACAGUGGUAAUGGUAGAGUGCAGACAAGAGUAUGAGAAAUCAACAAGGAAAGUUUUCAAACAACACUGCAGAGGUGACCUGAAGAUUUAUUUACACACCCUGAACAUGCCAAGAACAUGCUUAAGUUAAGCGAACGCAAUGUGUUGUUUACAUCGAUAUCUAGCAGAACUACUCUACUACUAACACAAACUGGAAUAUUUUACCUUCAACUCUCCUCUUUAAGUGCUUUUAUAUGAAAGGUUAACUCUUAAAAAUAAAGAGGCAAGUAUAAAUACAAGUCAUGGGAUUGGGGUAUUCUUUUUAACAUUUUUAUUAGAUAUGCAUAAUCUGACUUUGACAUUCACACUACAUUAUUUUACUGCUGAAAUAAUUCAUCUCUGCAAAAACAUCUUUAAACUUUUGCACCACUGACCUGUUCUGAUUGUUGAUAUAUGUUUAUGUUGUUGUACACCUCCGUUGUGUCUCUUCCUUGUUUGUGUAUUGUUUAUGUUGUAUUUCUGUAAAUAUUUCUAUCUGACCAAAACAAGCCCUAUAUUUGCCUGAAAACUAUUGGUGGAAGUGUUGUUGCACUGCUUUGUAUUAACUGUAUUACCAUGCAGUUUUUUGGGGGGGAAUUAAAAAUGUCUCAGAAUGAAAAUACUGUUGGUACAAUAUAAAAAUGAUUGUAAUAAAUCUUCCA